AUGAGGACAAAUUCUACGACCUCAUUUGGAUCGAGCUCUGCGGAUGAAGUUUGUUUUUUUGAAAAAUUUCUUUUUCGAAUACUGUAACACAGUUAUUUCGAAUUUCAGGUCUUAGGACCUAUGUCGCCGUCCAGCGCUACUGUAGAUAUGAAUGCGUUGCAACAGCAAGGGCGGAAAAGAAUAGCAGUUUAUGCAAAAACUUUUACUAUGCGCUUCAUUCAAGUUUUCAUUUUUUUUCUUGUGACUGAAAAUUUUGAGAUGGUUCAGUGUGUUGUUCAAUCGAGAAUGAACGAAAAGUUCGACCUUCCUUGUAUGCUGCCGCAAAGCCGUGAUUGGUUUAACGUGAGAUACUCGGAAAUGGGCGAAAUAACGGCACAAGUAAAGAAAAGCAUAUCAAGGUUUUUUUUUUACUUUUUUUGUUGUAUUUAAUUUGUUAUUUAGUUAUCCACCAGAUGCUCCAUGUGUGUCUGUUGAUUUUUUUCUUUAUACUCACGAGGGCGAAAUUCUUCCCCUGGAAACAUGGUUGCGUUUUUGAAAUUUGUAUUUUCUGAAUAUAUUUUAGGACUUUCUCUAUUGAGUCCGACGAAGCCACGGAAUCGAUGGCUUUCCAUAAAGAAGAUGAUUCAACGCUUUAUCACCAACUUGGGACGCUCCUUAAAGUUAGUUAAAAAUUGGACAAGUUUGAUAUUUUCUCAACAAGAGCUGUAUUUGCGCCGCACGAAUGACACCGAUGCAUCGCAACUAUGUGAAAAAACAGAGCGCGGAAACGUUCAUCAUACUUUACAAGGUGAAAGCAAAUCAUCGAUACUUUUUUUCAAAUUAUUGUUCAGGUAAACUCUUCGGAAUCCCAAAUCGAUCUCGGCCAAGACUCGAAAGAGAUGGUGAUCGGUUCUUUACCAUCAGUAAUUGGAAACAUAAGGCCAGUUUUCACGUUGAUAUUUCUCCACUGCGUACUUUAGAUUGCGUCUUGCUUACCGCACAAAGAUGCAAAUCGAUCGGACAAUUACUCCGCCCGGGAAUCAGUAUGAUUCAUUCCAACAAGUAAAACUUUUUUCUUGAUUUUUUGAGGAGUUUUUUUGUUUUUAGGUUAGCAUCGCUUCGGCGGGAACCACGCCAGACUCCCGACACAACGUCGGAACGCCCAUGUCAUUCUGCGACGACGGCAUAAGUCAUUUCAGCGUCAGUCCAAGCAGUUUGGUAAGAUUAGUCUCCAUUUCGUUAAAAAGUUCGGUUAUAACUUCACCGCAAAAAGUUUUUAUUUCUGCCGCUUAUAAUUUGGUAUACAGAAAUAAGAAGGGUAAACAAUUUUUUUUUUCCAGCCCAUAACUUCACCAGUUUCUUCGCCUCCCGACUUUGGAAGUCCUUACCGGUCACCUGUCUUCAAAACAUCGAGGUCCGUUUACACUUAUUUUCUCAAUUUUUUACAUUUAUUCUCUAGAUCUCGAUCGGCUUCAGCGACCAGCGACGGCGACUCGAUUUGCUCCGCGGAUGCUGUAUCAGCGAGUCCACGCCAGAACAAGUUUUUCCACAGUCAGGUAUAAUAUUCUAUUUUUCGGAAACUUCAGAAAUAUUGCAAACUAGAAAAUUUUAUUCAGAUGAUACCUUCAAAUAUGCCUUUUGCGAAUUUGCUCACAAUGUCCUACACGGGAACCCUCUAUCCACUGAAAGAGGAGAAGAAAGAGUUUUCGCAAUCCGACGGUAUAGGUUUUUUUUAAAGUCAAAAUGUUUUCUCUUGAAGAUUCACCGUGUGAUAACGAUGUCAAUAACUGUAAUAUGAACAAUUCUGGGAAUUAUACGGAUGAACUGAAAGAAACUCUCAAAGGUGAUCUUUUUACUUUUUAUCUUUGUUUGGAAUGACAUUGAACAUGAAUUAUUGGCAGAGGAAGACAAGAAAAAAUUUAAGGACAUGUUUUUAGUGUAUGCAGAAGAUGUUGGCGUCGAGCAUAUUCUUUCAAGUGUUCACAGAUUUGUGCCAUGAUCAACUUGGUUUUAAAUAUCUACUUAUUAUGGUUCUAUGUUUCUUUUCUUACACAAAAAACUUUUUUUUUCUUCACAGGUGGGGUUAGUUAAUCCACCUAGUGGUCUUUUUCCCUCCCUGCAACAUCACCAUACCAUCCCGAUGUUGCGAAAAAUAAACAAAUUGAAUUGAAAUUGAAUUGAAUCUUUCACAGAUACUCUAAGUUAAAAUAAACGAAAAUCUUUGAUAGAUCUUUCUCUUCACGAUGAUCUGCCGUUUGGCCCUCUUGAAACGAGAAAUGACCUCUGCGAGCCAGGAGAAUCAAAAAAGACGCUUUUCAAUUUGAAUGAAGUUGUAGGAGAGAGAGAAGGUUUUCGUAUUUGUUAGUUAUUCGCCAAAUUUUUUGUUCCAACUUCAGAAAAUUCGUCGCCAGUUGAAAUGAGCCAAAGAACUAUCGUCGGCGGCGAAAUGGAAAACACUGUGAAAGACGAAGAAUCGACGCAAAAUAACGAGGAGAACGUUAUCAACAUCAGCGACGAUGAAGAUUCUUUCGUCAAGGUCGUUUAAAAAAAAGAAGUUUAUGAGAAAUCUCGAAACAGUUAAUUUUUGAAGUUGAGUGUCCUGAGAAGGUGGAAGUUAAUAGACCGAAAAUUUUGAUUUUUGUUCGGGAGUGGAUUUCUUCGAUUCAGAUCCCUUCGUUCGGGCCGAUUGCGGGAGACGCGACGGCCGAAAACGGCGGCGUAGAUACUCAACUUGGCGAAUUGCUCGCCUCGUGCAAGGCCAUGCCCGAGAUCCUCUCAUUUUCUGAGCCAAUCUCUGCCGACGUACUCAUCCCCAAUAUCAUGACUCAUGUCAGUUGCCUCCGACUCUCCUUCCAUUCAUUUUUUUUUAGUUCGAAGAGUUUUCUCGCCAUCAAUGCGUUUUCGAUCAAUUUGUCGCCGAAGUCCGUGAAAGUGUGGAAAGGGAUGAAAUUUGAUUCUUAACUGUGUGCUUUAAUCCGUGUAAAAAGACGUUUUUCUUGUAUCUUUUUUUGCUUUAAUUCAAAAAGAACGGUCCCCAAUUAUUAUUGUUAUUUUCAGAAAAAGUAACACCGUUUUCUAAGCGUUUAGAACUCGUUCUAGUAAUUGUAAAAAAAUUGUAAAAAAAGAAAUGUAUAAAUGAAAUUUGAAAUUCAGUUGACUGCUAAUAAAUGUAUAAAAAAAUUUCAUAAUCCUUUUCCUUUUAGUUUAUACCUUCUCACUCGAUAAAAUUUCGAUUUUUAUUGUGAAGCCCACCGGAAAGAGUUUGCCAGGGGCGUCGUUCAGAUGCGUUGGACGUGGCUGUCCAGAAACGUUUCGCAGUUCGCCGGCGUCCGCGAUGCCGCCAAAUACGUGCCGCGUCGGUCUCUGCUCUAUGUCCCCGCGAGCAACGAGAAAAUGCUGGCAAAAGUUCCUCGGAUCCAGGUACCGCAGCCGUGGUUUGCACGGCAGCGGAAAUGUUCCAGGCCGAUUGCGUCGUUCUGGAACUCGAGGACAGCGUCGCGAUGACAGCCAAGACGAAGGCGCGACAACAGGUGUGACCUAUGACUCCUUCAAAAUUAUCUCAGCUCCAGGCUGCCAAAGCCCUCGACACGUACUCCAACGAGCGUCUCGAAUGCUUCGAGUUGGGUUUGCGGGUGAAUUCUGUCAGUAGUGGUCUUCUCGAAGAUGACGUUAAGGUCUGUUUUCUUUUUUCACUAAGCAGUCUACUGGACAAAAGUUUUUAGGAAGAGAAUCGGUUUUUAAUAUGGUGAAAGAAACAAACGAAAUGAUUUUAGCCCUGCAGAAUAUUAGGCCGAUUUUUUUAAAAAGAAAAUCAGGAAACAUUUGCCCUUUCAGUAUUUUACAUUAAGGCGUUUUAGUCAUGUUGAGAAAAAAUGUGGACUGUUAUUCAAAGGAAAGUAUUGGAAAAACAAAUAUUAACAGCCACCUAUUUAAUUAAUUUUUUUAAAUAAAAAAAUCAAAAUGAACAUUUUUUUCAUUUAAACUUUAAACUUUUGAAAUAGAAUCGUUACAACCAUUUGCUUCUGCGAAGCGAAAAAUUGUUUUAACAAGAAAAAAUUCACGAAAAUAGGGAAAAAUUUAUCAUAAUUGAAAACUGUUCGAUAUACAACGUAACGAGAAUACACCUAAAUGUUCCCCGUUGUUUCGAUAAAAAUCAAAAUCAUUUCAAGCCCAUUUUUGUAUCAGAAGGAAAAUACUGAUGAUAGGUCGACCUCCGAGGCUAUGUCCCUUUCGAUUGAUUCAAUUUCACAGGAGAUUUGCAAAGCCGAGCAUUUGCCGCAGGCAUUCAUGGUCCCGAAAGUGGACAGUCCAGAGGAUCUCGCCACGAUCUUCGACAUUUUCCGGACAAAUUAUGGCGCCACGAGGAUAACUGACACGGUGGAGUUUCUCAUAAUGUGGCUUUAGAACCGAUUUUUUUUUUCGAAGAGAAAAUUCGUUAGAUCUUAAAAGAAAUUCACAGAUGGAAAUAAUGGAAAACGAAUUUUUUUAAAAUAGGAAUGAGUUGAAAAAUAAUUUAUGAAGCUCGAUUUUUUGAAAUGGAAGUUUUGGCAUGCGACAAACGUAAAAUGUAUUUUCUUUUCAGUUUGAUCAAGUUGAACCACCAUACCUUUAUGUCGCUUUGAAAUAGAUUGAAAUUUGUGAGGUCAGUACUUGAAAAAUAACAAAUUUCUGAAGAAGAAUUAGAAUCUCCAAAAUACGCGAAAAUUUAUGAGAAAUGCUUGAAAAAAGAUGAUUUCUGAUGAAAAUUAAUGGAAAGUCCAGAAUACGCGGUUGGUGAUCUGGAUCGAGUCGGCGAGAGCUCUCCUCGACAUGCCGCGGAUUCUGUCGUCAGCCCUCAAUCUCCACCGGAAUUCCGGCUUCUUUAAGCUGGACGCCGUUGUGUUUGGAUCCGACGAUUAUUGCGCCGACAUUGGUAUUCCCUCUCUUUGUCUUUUGCAAUGAGUUCAUGUUUCAGGCGCGACCCGAUCUUCUCAUGGCACGGAAAACCUUUUCGCCCGACAAAAGUUUCAUUUUUUCCAGUAAACAAACAACUCAACUUUUUGAGAUUUGUGGCCUGUUGCAAGGCUUUUCAAUUGCAAGCCAUCGACAGCGUCUACAUAGACAUCAAGGACACCGACGGAUUGCGCAGACAGUCUGACGAAGGUUUUCUUUUCUUCAUUCAAAUUUUUCAAGGUUCUUUGCUCUAUCGAACUUUUUUUCUGUUUCUUUCAAAAUUCACCGAGAAUUUAGAAUUUCUUUUUUUCUUCUUCAAAAAAAUUUCACUAGAAUUUUCAAAGAUUUUUUUUCGAAUUUAUUUAUGCACAUUGCUUCUCGUUUUUCGUCCUUUUUGUCACAAUUUUUUUCGCUAACCUCAUCUUGCCAGGACUAGGUAUAGUUGCAAAAAUCUUUAAUACCGUUUUGAGUUAUUUGGUAGAGAACUUUUGACGAUGAGUCGCUCUCAAGUUUCGUGAUUUUAAACGUCCGUGCGUUGAUUUUUUCAGAAAACUUCUCUUUUCUCUUACUUGGUUAUAAUAAAUCCUUCUUGUUUUGAAAGGCGAGAUGGGUAGAUUAGCAAGAGUAAAGCGUUGCGUACACGACGCGGCUUUUUGGCGGGAGUUUCCAGUUCCAAUGCCACUCACUAUUUUUGCAAGUUUCUCCUACAGUUUUUCUCUUACAGUUUCUCAAUUACUAACUCAUAGUUUUGAAAAAAAUUCAGUUGAACGAAUAAGAAAACAUAAAAGCUUUGAAUACUUUUUUUCUGCAUUUUUUUCGUGAUGGCUUCGAUGUCAAGUCCUUCCCCAAGAAGCGUCGCGUACGCACCGCUUCCCGCUUGCAAUCCCACCUAUCUCACUUCUCAGCUCGGAAAUACUCGACUUAACUCAGUUCGGAUUUCAGGAAGAUCCUGGGGAUUCACCGGAAAACAAACGAUCCACCCGAGUCAAGUGGCAGUCGUCCAGGAGACGUUCAUGCCGCCGGGCGAGAAGGUCGAAUGGGCCACGGAGCUGGUGCACGCCUACAGCCAGCACGAGUCGGAAGGAAAAGGCGCUUUCCAGGUGAGUCCGACUCCUUUUCCCCGAGCCUCGAACGCCGGAUGCAGUUCCGCGGCCAGAUGAUUGACCGGCCACUGCUCCUGCAGGCGCUCAACCUCAUUCAACUCGUCGAGCGUGUCUCGAGCAGAUGA